AAUAGUAGAGGGAUCGAAUGUUACUAGUUCGGAAUUCCGCUUUAUUGUUGAUUGUUUUCUGAGGAACGUAUUCGUUACUUUAGUGUGGAAUGAAAUAGAAGUGUCAUUUGCGCAAGAUGAGGUUUGUUAUCAUUUUACAAUUCUUAUUCGUAGUGGUAAAUUCUUGUCAAGAGUUUUGGAAACGUUGGGAAAAAGUUUCUUGUCCAUCAUACAAAAACUGCCAAUAUUCAAAGAAAUCAUUUAUUCUAAUAUACCCCUCAUUUUUAUUUAUCGGUUGCCGGAACGAAACGAUUGACUCUCGUUUCACGCAAUGUUUGGACGUUAAUAUAACUGUAAAAUCAAUAACAUUUUCUAAUUGUUAUUUGUCGGGAAUCGAUUUAGGAAAUUUCACGUUCGGGCACGAAAUCGAAAGCAUCGAAAUAAUGCCUUCAGUAUACUCGCACAGAAGAAACUUCGACAGCGCUUCAUUUAGUAAUAUGUCGUCUCUGAAAUCUGUCGAAAUUCAUCGUGUGUGGACUUCCGAAUUGUUUAAUAUGACUUUCCGCAAUGUUUCUUCUCUGACUUCUUUGAUAAUUGAUAUGUAUAAUUUUACUUUAUUUCCGAAUAAACCUUUCCGAGAUUUAAUUAAUCUUACCGAAUUACAUAUCAUGAUGGGAGAGUUAAAAUUUUUACCAGCGGAUCUAUUUUACAAUCUUCAAAAUUUGAGAAGUUUGUUCUUAGAUAGCAAUGAAAUCGAAUUGAUUCAUUCGCACGCCUUUAGAAAUCUCACUCGACUGGAACAUUUAUCUUUAACAAUGAAUAAAAUUAAAAAUUUACAUAGUGACACGUUGAAAGGACUCUCUAACUUAAAUACAUUUUUUAUUAAUUAUAAUUAUCGAUUAUCGGUAAUUCCCGCCGGAUUAUUCAAAGGACUGCGCAACUUGACGGAAUUUCAAGCAACGGGUUGUUCCAUUUCCGAACUCGAAGACGACGUAUUUUCUGACUUAAUUAAUUUAGAGUCCAUUUCUUUAGAUUCGAACGAAAUUGAAUAUCUCCCGCCAAAUCUUCUAAAAAAUAAUAAACUUCUGAAAUCGUUUUCUUGUAGGGAUAAUAAAAUAUCGACACUUCCAUCGACAAUUUUUCAUGGACUUUCUCAUUUGCUCCAAGUAAACCUAAUGGGAAAUCGGUUAAAGAAUCUUCCUAAAGAUGUUUUUGCCAAUUUGUCGUCAUUGAUUACUCUCGUUUUAUCAAAUAAUCGACUGAAACUUCUACCCGAAGACAUCUUUCUCCCACUGAGUCAUUUACUCGAACUCGAUCUCUCCAACAACAAUUUAAUUAAACUUUCUGGAAAACAUCCUUUUGGCAGCAGCAAGUAUUUGGUUACUCUCCAUUUAGAUAAGGCGGGUUUGAUAGAAUGGCCCGUGGUAAAUUGGACAGCAUACAAUUUCAGGCGUAUCGAUUUUUCAUAUAAUCGUUUUGAAACCGUCAAAUUGCCAAUUUACACUCCAAACCGCGUCCUAAUUGAACUGUUCCGAUGUAAAAUCAGAACAAUUUACAUAGAUGAGCGGAAAUACGGAUCUAAAACGCCUAGUUUUUUUUUAGAUAAGAACAAAAUUAUUUGCGAUCAGAAACUUCGGCAGUUCGUUUUUGCACUUAACUCAAAUUUAAAUAAAACAUUGGAAAUGUUUCCCGAUAUAAAGUAUAUAAAAUGUUACGGAGAAAGAAAAACUGUGUUCGAACAUAUAUCUUCUGUAGUCCCAAGAAAGUAUUGUCCAACGAAUUGCGAUUGUUUCGCAGAAAAAAACGAGGUGACGUUAAAUUGUUCCGGAAAGGGAAUAAACAGAAUUCCAAAAGCUUCUCCCCCCAAUGUAACAAUUGUGGAUUUGAGCAAUAAUCACAUAAAGAAACUGUCCAAGGUGGAUUUUGCCACGUGGAAUAACGUCACUCGUCUAUAUCUGAGUAAUAAUUUCUUAAGUAAAUUUCCAGAUUUUGUCCUUCCGUCACGUAUGAAAUUUCUGUGGUUAGACGGAAAUCGGUUAACGGAACUUCCUCCCACUCUAACGAAUCUCAUCGACGCUUCUAAGGAAUUUAAAAUUUAUUUAUCGGGAAACAAUUGGAGUUGUGAUUGUAAAACGAGAUUCAGAAAGGAUUGGUUACUUAGGAACAUGCACAAGAUUGCCGAUUUCUUGAAAGUUCGUUGUAAAACGACUUUGGGUACUUUGUCUUUUAGAAAAGUCUUGUCCGGUAAUCAUUGCCCAGGAACUGUAAAAAGUAUUUCCGGAACGAAAGUCUCUAUUAUCGUAGUUAGUGUUUUUAUUGUAAUCGGCCUGAUUAUACUGGCGUGUAUUGUAUACUACAAGAGAAAAAACAUCACUAUCGAGAAGUCUACAUUACGGGAGGAUGGCGCCGCUUCUUACAAUGUCUAUCAUCAAUUUGAAUAAAUGAAAUUGUUCUGACGUAUAAUACUGUAUAAAAUUGUAUAAAGUAUCUGAUUGUUGGUGUUUAACAAUUUGAAUUUUACAUCUUUUGUCAAAAUUCAAUUGCUUCUGUUAAAAAGAUUGUAUUUAAAAUUAGAAAAAUAUAUAAAAUAAUGGAACUGUAUUUUUGUUAAUUAAUGGCAAUUAAG